AUGUGGGUGAAUUACAUUCUGAAGUCUGGAUUGCUCUUUGUCACUCUGUCUCUUGCCACUGCCAAGCACAAGCAAUCUUCCUUCAUCAAAGGUUGUUAUCCAAGGGGAAUGCUGUCCCAGGCUGUUGAUUCACUCUAUGUCAAGGCAGCGUGGCUCAAAGCAACAAUCCCAGAAGAUCGUAUUAAAAGUAUACGAUUAUUAAAAAAGAAAACACAAAAGCUAUUUAUGAAAAACUGCAGAUUCCAAGAACAGCUUCUAUCCUUCUUCAUGGAAGAUGUUUUUGGUCAACUCCAGUUACAAGUUUGCAAGGAAAUAAACUUUGUGGAAGACUUUUACAGUCUCAGGCAGAAACUGAGCCACUGUGUAAGUGUCAAAAGGGAUAGUGAUGACAGUUGCUGUCUUUGGGAUGUGGAAGGGAAGAGUUCUCCUCCCUUGGGCCUUGUGGUCACUGACACUCAAACCCUGAGCAACUGGACAUGA